AUGCUGCCCCAGCCCAGCUACGCCCAGUCUGGCUCUAUCUACUACAUCUGUCUGCUGCGAGACGAACUGCUGCUGCACCAAGGUAUGGAGGGGGACUAUAACCAUGGUUGUAUGCGAAAUGGCACCCUAUUCCCUAUAUAGUGCACUACUUUUGACUAGGGCCCUGCUCAGAAGUAUAGGGCUCUGGUCAAAAGUAGGGCACUAUAUAGGGAAUAGGAUGACUUCGUACGCAACCCCAUGAUUUCAUACGCAACUCCAUGUACUGUAUAAGGCCACGUCAAUGUUUUAGUAUGUUUGUGUGCCAGUUGCACAGGUUGCCACAUUGAAUAAUAGUUGUAUAGCACCUUGGGGUGUGUUAAAUGUGCUUUAUAAAUAAAAAAAUAAUGAUAAUGUUAUGUAACCUGUCUGUCCAGGUGACUGUGUGUACCUGAUGAGGGACAGCAGACGCACCCCAGAGGGCCAGCCAGUCAGGCAGUCCUACCGCCUCCUGUCCCAUGUCAACAGGGACAAGCUGGACAUCUUCCGCAUCGAGAAACUCUGGAAGAGUGAAAAGUAAGGGAUGGGGGGAAAUGGAACGCCACAUCGAGCAACAUCAGCGAUUUCAUUGCUGUAUUUUUGCCUCUGACUCUCUCGUCUCAUUGUGUGUGUGUGCCCUGUAGGGGUGAGAGGUUUGCCUUUGGCCACCAUUACUUCAGGCCCCACGAGACACACCACUCGCCCUCGCGCCGCUUCUACCACAACGAGCUGUUCCGCGUGCCACUCUACGAGAUCAUCCCUCUCGAGGCCGUGGUUGGGACCUGCUGCGUCCUCGACCUCUACACUUACUGCAAGGGUGAGACACUCACGCACACACACAUUGUAAGGGAGAUGCAUAAACACACUGAGCUAACACACACUGAGCUAACACACACUGAGCUAACACAUAUAAUGACCUAAACUGACCUGUGGUGCGUUUUAUUUUCUUUCAGGACGGCCGAAGGGAGUGAAGGAGCAGGACGUGUACAUCUGUGACUACCGCCUGGACAAGUCAGCGCACCUCUUCUACAAGAUCCACCGAAACCGCUUCCCUGUGUGCACUAAGCCCUACGCCUUCAACCACUUCCCCAAGAGGCUGGCCCCCAAGAGAGACUUCUCGGUAAGAGGGUCCAAGAGGAUGGGUAGGGGUUGUAUUGAAGUGUUUGCAUGGAGUUUUAGUGAGGCUAGUUUGAGGUAGUAUUAAUAUACGGUUCAGUUAUGGGAUUGAAUUGAGUGGAAUCAGAGAAGUGGAUCUGAGUGGAUUUAUCAAAGAAGAUGGAUCGGGCACUAUUGAUGACUGAUAUGUGCCUACCAUUCUUUUACCAUGUGCUGUUUUUGCAAACCGUUAAUUAUCCUAAGAGAGAAGAUGGGGGGGUCCAGCUUGAUACAGUUAAUUCUGCUCCAAUUCUUAUUGCUUGUUCAUAAAACGAAUUGUUAAUAAUCCCAAAAUCUAAGUAAUGUAUUAAUAACUUGUGAGUAAGUCAACUGAAAGUCUGUUCCUUCCCAACCUCGCCUUAGCCGCACUACGUUCCCGACAACUACAAGAGGAACGGGGGCCGUUCGGCCUGGAAGAGCGAGCGGCCCAAAGGAGUUGGAGGAGCCUGUGAGGACGAUGCCUCCCCAUGCGACCAGGGUGACGACUUCCGUUUGGAGAGUGAAAAUGGAAGAGGGGUGGAGGGGGACAUGGAUGCUCCCCAUGAAGAAACCACACUCCCUACCGCUGCCCAACCCCCGCGACCAAAUGGGCCCGUGGAGGGAGAAGAGGAGGAAGAGGAAGGGGGGCAAGCGGUAGAGGAGCAUAGGGAGCUAGAGGAAGGUGCAGCAGAGAGAGGAGUUGACAUGCUGGAGCUCCUCCCAUCCUCCUCCAUGUCUUCCUCACCCCUCCAUCACUCCGGACUGGGCAGGAGGGAGGCGCAAAGGGAUCGGCUAAACAAGAUUCUGCUGGAUCUGCUACACAGAACACCCAAUAAGAACGGUGAGCAGGCAAUGAGGAAACGGGUAUAGAGACACUGGGUGGUUUGAUGAAGAGGGAAACUGUUGACUUGAUGAAGGGGAAAUAUCGGACAGUUAACUUAAUGUGUCAUUGGUGUUUAGUAACCUCUCUCUCUUCUUCCAACAGCCAUAGAUGUCACUUAUCUUCUAGAGGAGGGGUCAGGGCGGAGAUUACGUAGACGGACGCUUGGAUUUGGAGACUUUGUG